AAAGUGUCUCCAGAGAGGAGAGGAAGUGGGAGGAGUCCAGGAAGCACCACGCUGGAGAAACCAAAGUCCCUUCCAUGGCUGCCUGGGCCUGGGAGCUGCUGCUCCAGCUGCUGCAGCUGCUCUCCGCUGGGGCCACAGCUGGGCGGUGGAGAGGGGAGGGCACCAGCCCGCAUCUGCAGAGCAUCUUCCUGGGCCGCUGCUCAGACUACAAGCUGCUGAACUCCGACACCCGGACCAAGAACUGCACGGCUAUCUGGGAAGCCUUUCAAGUGGUGCUGCACAAAGAUCCCUGCUCUGUGCUUCCCUCAGACUAUGACCUUUUUAUUAACCUUUCCUGGCACUCCAUUCCCCGGGACAAGUCCCUGUUCUGGGAAAAUAACCACCUCCUUGUCAUGAGCUAUUCAGAGAAUGCCCGUCGCUUUAUGCCCCUAUGCGAUGUGCUGUAUGGCAGAGUUGGGGACUUCUUGAGCUGGUGUCGACAGGAAAAUUCCUCUGAACCUGAUUACCAAUCCUGCCCCACAUCAGAAGACUGUGAAAACAAUCCUGUGGAUUCCUUUUGGAAAAGAGCAUCCAUACAGUAUUCCAGGGAUAGCUCUGGGGUGAUCUACGUCAUGUUGAACGGUUCUGAGCCAUUGGGAGCCUAUCCUACCAAAGGAUUUUUUGCAGAUUACGAAAUUCCAUACUUCCAGAAACAUAAAAUCACCCGAUUUGAAGUCUGGGUCAUGCAUGAAAUUGGAGGACCAUAUGUGGAAUUCUGUGGAGAGGGCAGUGUGAAAAUCCUGGAAGACAGACUGAAGGCCAUGGGAUUCAAGUACAGCUGUAUUAACGAUUACCUACCAGUGAAGCUCUUAAAGUGUGUAGAUCACAGCACUCACCCCGACUGUGCCUUAAAUUCGGCAGCGGCACCGACCCAAAGGAAGAUCUCUUCUCUUUAUACAGAGCAGAGCGUCAGCCUCAUCAUGCCUCUGUUGGUGGCUCUGGCUUCAGUGGCUCAAAUGUAACUAGAAGCUCCACUCUGCUGUUCUGACAGCCAACAGCCCCACACCUUCCCUUGGGAAAUAGCCCUCUUGUAUGUAAGCUAAGUGAUGCAGUUGUCUAAACACAUUUCCUUCUGGGAAAAAUGGGAUCCUGAGAUGGAAUUCCAAUGGCCUUCAUCCUCUGGAUUCUGGAAACAAGACAUUAAUCUAGUCCUGCUUAGAAUGAAUCUUCUGCAUUAGAGUUAGGUCUUGCCAAGGGCUAAUCACAGUGAAAAUGGAGUACAGGAACUGCUCCGUAUCCUCCCUGGUGAGUCCAUACAUUUCUCAAAACUCUUACUAGUGUCAUUGAAAGGAAUAAAUCUCACGAUUAACAAGGUGUCUCCAGAGAACAUUUAUCAUAUAGGAAAUUAUCAAUGAUAGGUAUAAUAAGAUACAUAACUGCUUACCAUGUGAUCCCACUGUCUGGAAUACAAUACACCUAUAAUGACUUGUAUCGUGAGUGUGUGUUUGAAUACACUGAAAAUGAAUGAAAGGAAAUAAAUCAAAAGGCUGGGUACUGUGCUCAUCAGUGA